AUGGAAUUGCUCAACGGAACCAACUACACCUUAUGGGCGUUCAAGAUGAAGUUGUUCCUCAUGUCUAAGGGACUAUGGGAGGCAGUGAACGGUGCAGCGGCCGUCACAGCAGCUCAGGGGCAGCAGGCGCACGCAGCGAUCGUGUUAAACCUGAGCGACUCACAGCUCACGCACGUCGUUUGCACGGAGGAUGCACGCGAUGCAUGGUCAGCUCUCGCUCGAGUUCAUCGGACUCACGAUAUGGCAAGCCGGCUGUGGCUAAAGGAAAAGUUUGCGUCUUUUAAGUACACGGCGCCAGACAUGACAUCUCACGUCAUGGAGCUGGAACAAUUGGUACUGAAGAUGGGUGGAGCUGAGUGUGGGCCUAGCGAAGAGGAUAUCUUUAAAGACCUCGUGAACAAAAUCAUAGCCGAAGAGGUACGCAAGAAAGACUCGUCGCGAAUCGAAGAAGCGACAGCGUUGCACAUCGGCAAGCGCAUAGAAAAGAGCAGGCCUACAAAGAAGAAUGGCGGUCAGCGAAAGAAAGGGUCGAAUGUUCAGUGCUUCAAUUGCGGGAAGCGCGGGCACUUCGCGCGCGACUGUUGGGCAAAGCCGUCAGGUGGUGACGAGGUGCACGAAGAUCACUCUAAUGUUGCAUUUAACGUGUCUGAAGAUAGCACAAGCGACUGCUGGAUACAGUGGCGCGACAUCUCACAUGUGUAA